AUGAUUGACCAAAUCCACACUGUUUCGAAACUCAGCGAGGUAUCACGAGAGUACAAGAUGCCGCUCUGUCUCACCUUCAUCGACUUGAAGGCCUUUGAUUCAGUUGAGAAGGAAGCGGUCGUGGAAGCCUUGGACAACCAAGGCGUCCUUACUCAGUACAUAAAGAGGGGGGUCCAACAGGGUGAUACAGUCUCACCCAAAAUAUUCACAGCCACCCUCGAGAACGCAAUGCGAAAGUUGGAAUGGGACGACAUCAUCAGUCAAGCGGAACGAAUGCUGACCGAAUUCGUCGAAACAUGUGGAUGUAUCGGUCUUCAGCUGAAUCUGGAAAAGGCAAUGUUCAUGCGCAACGGAUGGGUCUCGGAUGCCCCAUUCACGCUCAGCGGAACGAACAUAUCCGAAUGUACCAGCUACGUUUAUCUGGGAGCGUAUAAGAGCAUCGAGGGUGUAGUGAAAGGGGCCAGAAACACCCGGCUCCGUGCUCACCUCUUCAACACCACCGUACUUCCUGCUUUGACCUAUGUUUCGGAAAUCUGGGCAUUUCGCAAGCAGGAAGAAAACGCGGUGAGCGUCAUUGAACGCGCAACUGAGAGAGCAAUGCUAGGAGUAUCCCGUUUCACGCAAGUGAGGGAUGGGAUUCGAAGUUCUCUCCUACGUCAGCGAUCGAAUAUUAGAGACGCCGCCGCGUUUGCCAAGGAAAUUAAAAUAAGGUGGGCCGGACACGUGAUGCGCUUUAAUGACAACCGUUGGACCAGAUCCGUGAGCAACUGGGUUCCCCGCGAGUUAUUAAGCGGGUUAUUAAGCGCACUACAGGAAGACCGCCGACCCGAUGGUCAGAUUUCUUCACAAAGUCCUGAGAAGAAAAUUAUGAUGUUCUUCGUGUCCCAUGCGAAAGGAGGAACCACUGGGCUACUCUGGCACGCGAUCGGGACAAAUGGAAGAAUUACUGGCGCCCGCUCGCCCUGUUCGAAGAUCAACGGGAGUCAAGAUGAUCAAGGUGAUAUACGACAAGAACAUCGAAGCUAA